AACGCAUUCACAUAUCUAGUACAGUGGCAGUGGCGAGAUGCCUUGGAUUUUAUUUUGGCUCACUAUGAUCACUGUCUAUUCAUUCAAUUCAGCUGACGACCGCAUUUUUAAUGGCAUACAGGUGAAUGUCAAAGUCAGCCCUUAUAUCGUCUCGGUGCAACUAUCGGGUGCGCAUAUAUGUGGUGGCAGUAUAAUUAGCGAAAGCGUAGUGUUGACUGCGGCGCAUUGUUUCCAAAAGGAGAGCAACGCAAACAAGUACAGCAUUCAGUAUGGAGUUACACAUAUUGGCGGCACAGAAAAUAUAAUUCGGGUAUCAAGCUUCCGCAGACACCCGAAAUUUAAUGACUUAAGUAAAGACUACGAUGUCGGUUUGUUAUACCUCGUCGCAGCCAUUACAGCUUAUCGCCCCAUCGCAUUAGCUGGUUAUAGACCAAGAAUUGGAACUGCAGCUCUGGUUUCGGGCUGGGGCGUAGUCGAGGAAAAUGGUGAGCUACAGACGAGUUUACGUGCAGUCACCGUGCAUACUGUUAGGCAAUUGGACUGUUCAAGAAAGUACAAACCAGUUAGAAUUACACCACGAAUGCUGUGCGCUGGCGAGCCUUUUGGCGGUAAAGAUGCGUGUAUCGGUGACUCUGGUGGUCCACUGGUGGUAGAUGGUGUACAAGUGGGAAUCGUAUCGUUCGGCACGGGUUGUGGGCGUAGAGAGUUCCCGGGUGUCUACACCAACGUUGCAAUGUUGCGAAGUUGGAUCAGAACUUAUAUGAUGCGGAAGCCGGGAUUGUAUUAGUUAACGCUUUUAAAGCUUGACUUUUCGAGGACACGAAGAUAGUAAAUAAAAUACUAGUUAAGAUUAAGUAGCUUUUCUGUUGAUAUUUGGUAUCCUAAUUUAAGUCAGUUUUAACUAUGAAAAUAAAUCAGUUUUUAAAUGUUUAAAAUAUUUUGUCACUGACUAACUUUAGCGUCUAAUAAGGAGCGUUUUCUCAAGCCGUUUUUUCAAAAUUUAUCUACCCUUUAAACACAACUUUGGUUCUAAAAAAAUGUGUUCGAAGGGCAGAUAUAUUUAAAAGGCUACUUGGGAAAACAAAUAAUUUGACAUUUAUGCGUGUGAAGGCUUUUGCCAAAUGUCAUUUCGUAUACGAAAGCAAUUUGUCAUAGAAAUGCUGUUCGGAAAAUAUGACUUGCAACAUACAUGCGCAAAUGUAUGUUUUAACUAUGUAAUUACAUUAAAAACAGAAAUAUUGAACUUCCUCAUAGGUACGUACUAGGGAUGUUAAUUUUUUCGCUUUUUAUGGUCCCGGGAUUUUCGGGAUGUCGUUAUCAUAAUUUCGGCAUUCCGGGGUUAGUCCCCGGAUUUAGAUAUUCAUUACUU